UUGAUCGGCUGCUCUUCAACACGAUAGAUUUGAUGCUGAUGUGGCUCAGAAUGGCUCCUGCUCUUCAUCUGAUCUUUCUGCUCAUCAUUCACAGGGUUUCUGCUGCUGGUUGGGGUGUGAAUUACAGUCCUUCACAAAUCUGUGCUCUACAGAACUCAUCAGUGACAAUCAGCUGCACUUUUACAUACCCGACUACUGGAUAUCAGAUCAUGAAAGUGUUCUGGAACAAAGACCUUGUAAAAAAUGGAGGAGAGUUUGCAGAUCUGUCUGAGGACCCUGAAUACAGUCAGAGGCUUCAGUAUCUGGGAGAUAAAAAGCAGAACUGCACCAUCAGACUGAGUCAUGUGACCAAGAAUGAUGAACACGAGUAUUACUUCAGAAUCACUACUAAUGUAACUGGUGGGAGAAUUAUUGGUAUUCCAGGAGUGCAUCUUAAUGUCACAGAUCUUCAGCUGGAGUCUCCUGAGAGAGUGACAGAGGGAGAUUCAGUCCGUCUGACAUGUAAACGCAGCUGUAAUCUGACUGACACACCAACAUUCAUCUGGUACAGAAACUCAGAGAUAUUGACUACAGGAACUACUGGAGACAAACUCAUCCUUGAUCCAGUCAGAGGAGAAGAUGCAGGCAGAUAUAGAUGUGCUGUACUUGGAAACACACUUGCAUCGCCUGAUGUCUAUCUCAAUGUCACCUAUCCUCCAAACAACGUCUCGGUGUCCAUCAAUGGAUCUGCUGUAAUAGUAAAGGGAGAUUCAGUGAGUUUGAUCUGCAGCAGCAACUCAAACCCUCCUGCUCUGAACUUCAGCUGGUUUAAAGGAGAAACAUCUGUAGGUUCUGGAAGAAUCUUCAACAUCUCCAAGAUCAGCUCUGAUGACAGUGGAGAAUACAAGUGUAGAGCCAGAAAUGACCUUGGAGAGAAAUACUCUGCUCCUGUGACUUUAGAUGUCCAGUAUCCUCCAAGGAAUGUCUCGAUAUCCAUCAGAAGAUCUGCUGUAAUAAUGUCUGGAGAUUCAGUGACUCUGAACUGCAGCAGUGACUCAAACCCUCCUGCAUUAUUCAGCUGGUUUAAAGGAACAACGUAUGUAGGAUCUGGAAGAAUCUUCAACAUAUUAAAUAUCAGCUCUGAUGACAGUGGAGAAUACAAGUGUAAAGCCAAAAAUGAACAUGGAGUGAAAUACUCUGAUCCUGUGACUUUAGAUGCCCAGUAUCCACCCAGGAACAUCUCAGUGUCCAUCAGUGGACCUGCUGUAAUAAUGUCUGGAGAUUCAGUGACUCUGAGCUGCAGCAGCGACUCAAACCCUCCUGCACUGAACUUCAGCUGGUUUAAAGGAGACACAUCUGUAGGAUCUGGAAGAAUCUUCAGCAUCUCCAAGAUCAGCUCUGAUGACAGUGGAGAAUACAAGUGUAGAGCCAAAAAUGACCAUGGAGAGAAAUACUCUGAUCCUGUGACUUUAGAUGUCCAAUACGCACCCAGGAACAUCUCAGUGUCCAUCAGUGGAUCUGCUGUAAUAAUGUCUGGAGAUUCAGUAACUCUGAACUGCAGCAGCGACUCAAACCCUCCUGCAGAAAUCAACUGGUUUAAAGGAGAAACAUUUGUAGGAUCUGGAAGAAUCUUCAACAUCUCCAAGAUCAGCUCUGAUGACAGUGGAGAAUACAAGUGUAGAGCCAGAAAUGAACAUGGAGAGGAAUACUCUGAUCCUGUGACUUUAGAUGUCCAGUCAGUGACUCAAACCCUCCCUCCUGCAGAAAUCAGCUGGUUUAAAGGAGAAACAUCUGUAGGAUCUGGAAGAUUCUUCAACAUCUCCAAGAUCAGCUCUGAUGACAGUGGAGAAUACAAGUGUAGAGCCAGAAAUGCACAUGGAGAGAAAUACUCUGAUCCUGUGACUUUAGAUGUCCAGUAUCCACCCAGGAACAUCUCAGUGUCUGUCAGUGGGUCUCAUGUAGUAAUGUCUGGAGAUUCAGUAUCUCUGAACUGCAGCAGUGACUCAAACCCUCCUGCAGAAAUCAGCUGGUUUAAAGAAGAAUCAUUUGUAGGAUCUGGAAGAAUCUUCAACAUCCCCAAGAUCAGCUCUGAUGACAGUGGAGAAUACAAGUGUAGAGCCAGAAAUGAGCAUGGAGAGCAAUACUCUGAUCCUGUGACUUUAGAUGUCCAGUGUGAGUUUAUGAAUGUUCAGCUAUUAAAACUGACAAAAGCAGUAUUUGAAUCAAUUUAA